AUGGCUCCUGCUUUCCUCGUCGUUGGCGCAACCGGAAACACCGGCAAGGGCGUUGUUGAGACUCUCCCAGAAUUACUGAAAGCUAGCAAGGUCUUCUCCGAUCAUCGCAUUCUUGCUCUUACACGCUCCAAGGACAGCGCAGUGGCACAACAGAUUGCAAAACUGCCAGGCGUCGAGGUUGUAGAGCAGACAUGGACUGAAAUCACAGCCGACUGGCUGCGUCAGAAUGAGGUUGUCAGAGCUUUUAUCGCAUCACAUAACGAGCCAACCCAAUUCGCCGAAGAAUCCGCAUUCCUCCUCAAUGCCCUAAAUGCUGGUGUCGAAUACGUUGUCCGUAUCUCAACGACUGCCGCCAACGUUUACCCAAAUUGCCAGACUUACUACCCACGCUCACAUUGGGCGAUCGAGGCUCUAUUGAGCUCGCCGGAGUUCGAAGCCUUAAAAUGGAGCUCGCUGCAGCCAAAUGUAUUCUUGUCCAUCGUCGUGGGGCCCAUCACAGAAAGCAUCAAGCAAUACCGAAAGACCGGCAAACCAGCAAAGGUCUCAACUAUACUAGCAGCUGACGCACCUGUCGCUCCAAUCGAUGGUGCCGAAGUAGGUGUCUUCGCAGCUCAUCUCUUGGCUCAAAAAGACAUUGAUGUACACAACAAGGCUAAGUAUGUUCUGAACGGACCAGAGGACAUUACUGGACAACAACUUGUGAAGAUGGCUGAGGAGCACAUGGAUGCUAAAGUUGAGGACACUACGUUCAAGGACGUGUCUUUUGUCGACGCAAUGGCUGCUAACAGCAAGGGAUCGAAAAAUCUUAUCCUAAGCCUCAAGCAUUCACAGGAAACCGGCUGGGCUGGAAAAUGCACGGCUUCUACGACAAGUAAGGAAGUCCUCGAGAUUGCUCCGCCGAAACACACGGCUGCUGAAGUUUUGGAUGCAAUGCUUAAGGACUGA